AUGGACCAGUACCCAGCCAAGCUAUCCCAGCCACACCCAACGGCCGCCUCACCCCCGCCCGACUGUGGCGUAAACCCAGCUCUUCACGAACCUCUGCCUUACCCUCCCACCAGCUUCGAUCCCCAAUCUUUCACCUGCAUCACGCCCCCUUACGGAUCCCGCGCUGCUCCGCUCUUCGCGGAAUGUUGCGACAGUCCGGUCGUUAACUUCACGACCGUACACCUCACUUCCGAAGGGCCCUCUUCCUGCGCUGCUUACUGCAACGUCAAGCCUGACCGCCUUCUCGUCAGCGAUUACCAAUCGAGCGACUUCUACACGUGCGUGUUCGGCGGGCCGAAGGAAGAUAAGGAUGUCUAUGUCCAGCUUGAGUGUUGGGAUGGUGAAGGCUUCGUCGGAGAUCUGGAUUGGGCGGAUCGCUUCGCGGUGAAAGACGGUGACAGCAGCAACCUCAAGAAGCGAAAUGCGCAAGAGAACACGGACGCUCCGGCAUCUUCGUCGGUGAGCACCACCACGUAUGAUCCGUCCUUCUGGAGCAGCUUGAUCUCUGCUGCGGCGACGGAGACGGCCAGCAUCGUCCUGCCGACCGAGCCCAUGACCCCGGUGCUGACCACGACCCCGACGGCCACCGCCGCCAACGGAACCGCCGCAUCGUCGUCGGAUGCGAGCUUGGCCUCCGGAACCUUCGUGUCGGUGAGCGAAGUCUCCGGGACGAGAACCUCGACCGGCCCGGCCGAGACGUCCGCUUCGGCUACGUCCGGCGCGGCAAGCUCGGGAGGCUCUUCUGCAUCCUCGAGCGCGAGCGCGAGCGCGAGCGCAGCAGCGUCUUCCUCAACUUCUGGGGCUGGUGCCCAGUUCCAGGGCGGAUAUGGCAAGUGGCUGUGCACCGGUCUCCUUCUCAGUGUUGUCUUUGCAUCCCUUCAGUGA